GCUUGCUAACAAAGCCACUCUGACAAUUCCGUGCAUUCAGGGGGUUUAAGGCAGAGGAACCCCAAAAGGGCUGUGCUCUAUUGUCUCCAGAUCGUGCUGCCUCUUUAAAAUCAGAAAUGCACGGACAGCUUCAAGGUGCCUCCCACUGAGCAAAGGCUUUAGAUGCAGGCACAGAGGCAGAGGAGCCAUCCUCCCCUGAGCACAGGGCUAACCUGAAUGGGAGAGAAAGGAGCGCUCAGCGGAGUCCUUGGGCUACUUCCAGUGAUCCUUUCCUCCUGGAACAGCAGCACGUGCAGAGGAGAAACCUGGCGGCUCUCCACAGGGUGCCUCAGACCUCCGAGAAGAUGAGCUCAACUGCAGAAGGAGAUAAGUGAGGCUGUUGUCCUAGAAUCUUCUGGGGACAAAGACAAGGUUGCUCACUGCUCAAAAGGAAGCUUUGGGUGAGGGCUCUCUCCUGCCAUUCUUGUGCCCUGCCACACUGAGCUGACACAACACCGAGGGCCAGCCAAACUGCACAUGCCAGAAGAAGACAGGCAUGGCCACGGAGCAAACUGAACACAGCCUAAACGCUACCACCCGCCUCAACUUUGCUGCAAUCUACAACACCCACGAUGGGGAUUUCACCUCCUUGCGAAACUUCUCUUUCCCUUUCAACUUCACUUACGGCGAUUAUGACCUGCCACUGGACAGUGAAGAUGACAUGACCAAAACCCGCACCUUCUUCACAGCCAAGAUUGUGAUCGGGGUUGCUCUGGUUGGCAUCAUGCUGGUCUGUGGCAUUGGCAACUUCAUCUUCAUCGCUGCUCUCGCCCGCUACAAGAAGCUGCGAAACCUCACCAACCUGCUGUUUGCCAACCUGGCCAUCUCAGACUUCAUCGUGGCCAUCGUGUGCUGCCCCUUUGAGAUGGACUACUACGUGGUGCAGCAGCUGUCCUGGGAGCAUGGCCAUGUCCUCUGUGCCUCAGUCAACUACCUACGAACUGUCUCCUUCUACGUUUCGACCAAUGCUCUCCUGGCCAUAGCUGUUGACAGGUAUCUGGCCAUUGUUCACCCACUGAAACCACGCAUGAAUUAUCAAACAGCAACUUUCCUCAUUGCCUUGGUCUGGGUCGUCUCCAUAAUUGUAGCUAUUCCAUCUGCAUACUUCGCUACUGAAACCGUGUUGUUUAUAGUGAAAAACCAGGAGAAAAUUUUCUGUGGCCAAAUUUGGCCAGUUGACCAGCAGAUGUACUAUAAAUCAUACUUUCUCUUCAUCUUUGGCAUUGAAUUUGUGGUACCUGUGAUUACAAUGACCUUGUGUUACGCCAGGAUCUCUCAGGAGCUUUGGUUUAAAACCGUCCCAGGAUUUCAGACAGAACAAAUCAGAAAGAGGCUUCGGUGCAGAAGGAAAACUGUUAUGGUACUAAUGUGCAUCCUGACUGCCUAUGUUCUCUGCUGGGCACCUUUCUAUGGCUUCACAAUUGUCCGGGACUUCUUCCCCAACAUCUUGGUGAAGGAGAAGCAUUAUCUCACUGCCUUUUACAUAGUUGAGUGCAUCGCCAUGAGCAACAGCAUGAUAAACACCAUGUUUUUCCUAACCGUGAAAAACAACACCAUGAAGUACUUCAAGAAGAUCAUGCUGCUCAGAUGGAGGUCAACGUAUAAGGGAAGCAAAUCCAGCACAGAUUUGGACCUGAGAACAAGUGCAAUGCCAAUCACAGAGGAAGUAGACUGCAUAAAACUACAAUAAACUUUCUGAGGUUCUAAUCUCACUUUUUUUUUGGAGGGGGGUAAGGAGGAAAUCAUACCUUCUCAGAAGCUUCUUCCUUGUCUGUGGGAAUACCCACCAGUGAGAGCUCUCAAAGCAGCAGCCGACUUUGCGUUCCCACCAGAACUCUUCUCACUGGACUGCUAGAUAAUGCUUAAGCUUGAAUGGAUGCUGUGCUUCAGUUUAUACAUCUCUCAUUUUGGGAUGUAGACACUCAUUUUAGAGUUGUUUAAUGAGAACAAAGAUUGCACUAGAGCAUAUUACAAUGAUGGAAAAGUCGAGUGCUGAUCCUAGCAGUGAUGCUUCUUUGUUUCUUAAGAGAAACCUCUUAACCCUUUUGAGCUUAUGACUCAUACCUUUAAGCUAUUUGGUGUCCUUUUCUUUCUGCUCAGAAGAGAAAGGAUACCAAAAAAAGCCUAUUUUGACUCCUGUCACUCUUUAACCUCUCAGUUUACCCCUCCUGAUGAAGCUUAUUGAAGUCUACAGACCACCAGCUUUCUAUUGUCAUUGGACAAUAUGCACAGCAUGUUCUUAUGAAAGGCACAUACUCUGAAAGCUAAAACCUGCUUUACAGCCAAGUGAAAACCUCAAGUCUCUUCCUAUUAAACCUUGUUUAAGAAUGCUUUAUCAAUAUUCCACUCUUUAGUUUUAUGGAGAGUGUUACUCUGUCUGCUAUGUAUUUGGAAAUGCCACAGAUACAUAUGAAAAGGAUCUCUUCCCUCACCUCCAGGCACCCUAUGGCCAGCUUCUGCUGCCUUGAGAUGCUGAGCUCAUCACAGAACCAAUCCCAAAAUUGUAGAAGUUGGGAAUAACAUCUCCACAUUAUCUAGCCCACCCCUCUGCACACAUGGGCCAGGAUUGUGUCCAGCUAGGCUUUGACUGACCAGGGAAUGCUGACAGUCUCCCUGGAUCACCUGUGUCAGUGUUCAACAGCUCUCACUCAGUAAAAAAGUGCUUUCUUAUGUUCAGAUGGAAUUUCAUGUGUUUUACCUUGCUUGUCAGUGGGAUCCAUAUGAAACUACAGCAUGGUGGUGGGAAAAAUCCAACCAGACAUUUUGCCAAGUCUGUGUGCACCUUCAUGAUAAAGGAUAAGUGAAGCCAAAAUACCAGGGAGAUCCUGAGAUGAUCCAUCUUUCUGGGAGCAAGACAGGCUUAGGCUUCAGGGAGCCAGUCUCUGGUUGAGCUGAGUAGCUUAUUGUCUGCUCAGAUAUGAGGCAACAACUCUAGAUGAAUUCUGCAUUUCCUUCUGUGCUUCUUUUACUGUUCUGAUUUAGUGCAACUCCAAUCUGGAUGUUUCUUAACUGGUAAUUGUGACAAAGCAGGUGACAGUAACAGUAAUACCUACUUGUUUCAACUACACAUAUUGUGGACUUCUGUGUAUGGAAAUAAAAUCUUCUCUGUCAUGAUGACAAAUGCUUCCUGUUUUAAAGUGUGUGGUUGUGCCUACUUUUGGAGUAAAUGGUUUAUUUACUUGUCUAUUUGUGAAUUUAAAGUGAGCAGCAAAUCCCGCAAAUAAAACAUGGCAUCAAUAUCAGCA